AUGAGCACGACUGGAGAUCGAGGUGCCCAUUGGUAUUUGACUACGGACUUGAUGCUCUGCUAUAACUACAGCUCCACGCCGCACAAUUUACUCUGUGUUAAAUGUGUGGCCCCCAAAUGUGUCAGAGAUUUUGAUACAGCCGCCCCAGCGCAAUCAAGUUAUCAUUUUUGUACGGAAAGUUUUAAUAUUGGAAUUAAUGUGACGCCAAAGGGUUCUUUUGUGGAUCUCCAUCAUGAUAUUACUCGGCGAGGCCUAUCCAAAACGAUUGGUAAAUGCAAGAAGAUAUGGCUUCUCUUUCCAAGCACGCCGGAAAACCUCGAGCUUUAUAUUGCAUCGGCUGGGUUUAGCAAUCGUCUUGCACGCAUCGGGUCUAAACUUCGAGGGGGCAUUAUUGUUGAGACCGACUCUGCUCACGAGCUUGAGUUUCCUGCAGGAACUCUCCAUGCUGUUUUUACGACCAUUGGCGGAUUCCUUGCCGGUAUCAAUUAUUCUACAGCGGAGUGCCUCCCUACAAUGAGUCGAGUUCUGAAGGCUCACUUACCCAUCUUCCACAUAUCUCCAGAUCAUAUUUUUAAAAAUAUCUAAGCGUAUAGCAAAACGCUUUCUUCAAUUUUGCAAAUGGAACUCCCGAGUGUUUUAUUCGAUUCUCUUCAAAGCUGGGUGAAUAUACAACCUGCUCUACAAGAGCAUUUGGAUUCUAACCGAGCCACAUCGCUAUUUCGAGUACAAAUAGAAGCAUUAAACAAAUGUCUUGAUACGUUCGGGCGAGGUAGUCGAAGCGCAUUUCGAUGCGGGUGUGGAGAGCUCGUGGAUAAUAUUGGAGACCAUGUCACUAGCUCACAUAGAAUACUGCGGGCU